GCUGCAAACAGUGCUGAGUGCUUUCCCACCUGAAAUAAGUGCAAUAUUGCAAGUGCUAAUGAACCAUUUGCACCUGUUAAGGAGCUGGCUCAUUGUGCGUUAGCUGUGUUUGGGCGCGCUAGGCGGUUCCCGGUUGUUACACGAUUAGGUGAUUGAGGCGGUACUGUUGAUGGUGAUGCCCUCCCGAGCGUUGCUGGGCUGAAAUGUGUUUUUGUGGCAGUGAUUUCCGUGCACCAUAGAAAGCGUUUAGCAUUAUUUACACCCCGCAAUAGGUAGUUAAUGGUGUGGCUAGGUGUAGCUGCUGCGAGGGCUCGGUAAAACCAGUGGUACAGAGAACGUGUGUGAAGUUCGAUGCAAACAGCACAGGAUCAUCGUUGGUGUGUCUAUUGUGAGGGCUGUUGUUGGCUGUAAAUCAGAUGUGUUUAUGUUGUGUUUCAAUUGUUCCAUCAUUGUGUUAGAUGCUUUGAGUAGAAUGAAAAUUAAUCCCUUUUUGAGCUAGCCGAACCCGAUAAGAAGUGCAUGCAAAGGAAGGAAGAGCUACGACGGCAAAGGUGAACAUAUCGCUUGACACAACUGGCAGCAUCCUUGUUGUGAGGUUUCUCUAGCAGUGACGAUAGAAUUGGCACGCGCCAUACAUUCGGAAAGGUUGAUGUAGUAGAUCGUGUAUAUGAUGGCCGUAUUUGGGGAAUACGUUGUGUACGAGAGUCAAAGCGUGUGAUCUAACGUGUAACGUGUUAUUGUACAGCCGAGAGCCAUCGGAGACCGGAACAGAAAUGUCAACAAAAACAGCUACAACCACCACAACGGUAUCCGGGCGAGGUAGCAGUAGCUCCGGGGAGUUUGAUGUGACUUCCUUCGAGAAACGGCUGCGAGAUCUGAAGGAUACACAGGACAGCAUCCAACAUCUUUCGAGCUGGUGUCUUUCGAGGCGGGCACACCAUAAAAAGAUUGUAAGCAGUUGGCUGAACGUGCUGAAGCAGGUAAAAAUCGAAAGCAGAUUAACGCUGUUCCACCUGGCCAACGAUGUGAUACAGAACAGCAAGCGCAAAAACUACGAGUACGUCGAUAGCUGGGGAACGUACCUACAGAAAGCGACCACGCUGGUGAGAGACGAAAAGGUGAAGCAUAAGAUAUUGCGCAUUUUCAAAAUUUGGGAAGAGCGGGAAAUUUACAACGAAGAAUUCUUGAGCGAUCUGAACGGUUUGCUGAGCGUGACUACAUCGUCAGCCAAGAAGCUGCAGCAACAACAGCAGCAACAACAGCAACAACAGCAGCAACAGCAGCAACAACAACAGCAGAAUGCAUCCAGCUCGAACCACAGUGGACCGACACUCGCGACUGGUCCGACGAAGCUGACUGAAGCGAAAUCCGUCGUCAGUGCGAGCAGUGCCCAGCUGGAUGUGGACGACUAUCAAGCCUCCUAUUUGGUGACAGCAGUGCGGGAAUGUGUCAAACACCAGAGCGAAACCGAUCACACGUUCAAGGGGCUGAACAAAAAGCCCCAUGUCGAUGUGGAAGCGGUAAUGAACUCCAUCAAGGGUAAGGACCGUACGAAGGUGGAAGAAGUCGAGCUCGAAAUCGACGAACAUUUGGCCCAGUACGAGAAUGCGGUGGAGGUCUUGAAGACGGAACAGAAAUCGCGCCAGGAUUUGCUGACCGUACUGGAGCAGGCGAGUUCAUUCUACGAGAACCAGCGAACGGAAGUAAAGGUUGUGGUGAAUGCCUACCGAAACUUUGGCAAUCGGCUGAAAAGUAUGAAAAAGAAGCUGGACGAGCUGACGGUUACCUUACCGAGCCCGAUACCAUCACCGGACAUUAAUGCUCCGUCGCCGGUGCCCUCGGAUGGUGAUAACAUUUUGCCAAGCGAGGACAAUUACUUCCAGAUGCUUCAGCAUCAUGGCAGUUACAUGGGCGGUAACCUUUCUUUCGACAUGAACGACUUCACCCGCAGUGAUUCUCCGAUGGUCAUGAACAGAGUACAACCGAUUCAAGUGAUACAUUCGCGUAAGGAACAAACGGAAGGGGUGAACGAUUUCCUGAAGACUUUUUUCCCCGAUCCAUCAGGUUAUCACGGGCCUCCGACGGGCGCACAAAACAUGUCGACUGGCGGCGGCGGGGUAGCGCCACCCUCGCAACCACCUCCGGGCAUUGUACCGCAUCCGAUAGGACCGUACGGUGGUGGCGCGAGUGGUGGUGGUAGUGGUGGCUUUAUAAAUCCUUGGACAUCCUCGACACCACGUGGCCCACCUCCGGGAAGAGGAAAUAAUGGUGGAUAUGGUGGCAACAACAGACCUCCACCGUAUAGCGGUCAGCCGAUGGACUAUGGUGGCCCGCAGCAAUCACAGGGCGUGGGACGCAAUACAGGAUCCGUUUCUCAACCACUACAGCCACCGCCACUACCGCCUAUCAACCUGGAUACUUCGGAUGAUUACAACUCGACCUGGAAUAUGUCCAUGGGAUGGGAUGGAACGCAUGACUCCUCCGGUUUCCAGAGCUUAGAUGCUCCAGUCUCUCCGUCCCACUACGAUCGCAAAGGAAUGAACAAUAGCGCAAUGCUGGUAGAUUACGGCGACGGCAGCAGUGGUGAUGGUGGACUGAUGCAAGACGUUGACCAUCGGCAGCGGUCGAGUAAUUUGUCGAUGCCACCGUUCGCGAAAGACAAAGGCCGCCUUGCGGAUGUGGACCAUAGGAAUUUAAUCUCACUCACCGGAUCGCCCGGCGGUCCGCCACAGCUUAAAGAUGUGCACGAUCUGGAUGCCAUGGACGAUAGUUCGUCCUCUAGUAGCAUGCCGUUGGCAGCGAUUGGCCAUGGUAUGCACAAACGGAAGACGGCACCUCCACAACCUGUACCUGCACCGAAGGUGCCAUCCAGUGAAUCGGGCGGGAGUAGAACUUCUAUUUGGGCAGCCCAUGGAAAUGCAUUCUCGGCACCGUCGAACGAUAUCGAUCUGCGGUUGUUGCCACCGUCCUCUUCCGCUGUGCCAUCGGCCCUGACCGUGAUACCUACGAUGGGUGAAGAUUCGGAUGGUGCCUCUCACAACGAUACCGGAGACGACACGAAUGAUCUCGAUCUCGAUAUGAGGAUAAAAUCGUUGGAAAAAACGAUCACGGCACAGUAUGCGAACAGUGCAGCGCAUAACUCGAUACCACAUCUCUCCAUCGACAGGCUCGGUGAGCCGAACGACGGUGAUAACGACGACAGCGUACAAUCGGUAGAAAGUGUGACGGCCCGUGAUGAGGGUGAUUUGCCUUCUCUGCAAACGCCGGUUUCACUGCUAGAGAUUGACAGCUUUUUGCAAAACUUUGAACGUGAAAAUUUUGAGGAUUUUUCGAAACCACCAGCAUUACUGAUGAGCAAUCAGACAGAAUCGUCCCAGUCACCACCAGCUACCUCAGAGCAUUCCGGUCCGGUGGUAGGAGAUGUAAAGAGAAAUCCUUCGGACAACACCGAGAGUGUGGACAUGGAUCUAUCCGACGAGGAGAGCGAAGUAUUGCAACAAACUCACCAAGAGGGAGAUAAACAUUCACCUUCACAGUCCACAGUCUCCUAUCAUCAUGGGGCCGACGAGGGUAGCAAUGAUACGACAUCAAUGGACGAUUCUGCUGCCAAGGACAACCAGGAGUGUGAUAACCCGUUAAUGCGACUACCGAUGAACAGUGUGGCCAAUGCCAAUAAUAAUGGUGUUGGUGGCAGUAACAACAACAGUAAUGGCGCUGGUGGUAAUAACCAAACGACCCCGUUGCUGCAACGACCUCCAUUGUUACCGGAUCCAACGUUUCCACCCGGUGCCGGUCCGAAGUGGGAUUUACCACCACCCAACCUGAUGAGUUUACCGACGAUGUUGGGUAACUUUAAUGCAGUGAUACCGCCGCCACCGACGCCCGGUGGGCUCGUGAACAAACUCUCCCAACCACCGCCCGGUGCCGGGCAAAUAUGGGCCGAUCAGCCACCUCCAAACGGCCAGGCCGAUGUGGCCAACCGGUUCGGUACACCGAACCGUCCACCACCUCCGCUUCCGUUUGGUUCGGGCAAUGGUGGCCAGAAGGUGGGCGGUGGCAAUUUCCGUGGUGGCGGAACGCCUCGUGGAGGGCGAGGUCAUAAUCGAGCACCGUACUUCCGUGGCGGAGGAUCGGGUGGUAUGCGUGCGAAUAUCGUCCCUGGGCUGAUGAUGGGUGGUCCCGGUGGUGGUCCUUUCGCGGGACCGGUUGUAGGCGGUACGGGGGGAUCACCGGGAAUGCGCGGUGGAUAUCAUCGAGGCGGUGGAAACAAAUUCCGUGGUGGUGGCGGAGGAGCCAACAACCGUACCGGUUGGUAACGAGGUUUAUGAAUGUGUGUGUGUUGUGGAGAGACAAAGAGAGAGAGAGAGAUCGAGAAGGACAGGAAAAUGAAAGAUGAUCGAUCGCAUGAGUGAACUGAGCUAUGGUAGAUAACUUUAAGACGCAGCUUUUCCGAUGUAAAUGGUAAAUAACAAACAAUGUAAUGGCAUACAUUGUCGAAUGCGAUCGUAUGCACCGAUUCAAUACCGGAAAGGAGCUAUAUCGAAUAUAAGUGUUGAUAGUGGACAUGGAGCUAGGCACUUCUGUGGAAGCACUUCUGUAGGGAUUGCAAGGAAGGAGUAAAAAACAAUUCAUUGGCACAGCCGUGCCCAACCGCGAUCGAUUGUCGUACAGGGUUCAGAGUUGUAAAUAUGACUGAGAAGUGUAGAAAUGGCAAAAAACAAAACGUAUAUAUUUAUCGCAAUCCAAAACCAGGCUAUAAAUUGACGCGCAGCAUAUCCUACCGAUAGGGGUAAGCAUAUGUAGAUCGGAAAUUUGUUCGAACUAUUGGGCGAUCUUUUUUCCCUUUCGAAGGCGAUACAAAGGUGUUCGCCCCGCGAAGUACAGAAAAGUAUAGAUUGUAAAUCUAAAAAUAUGCACUUGC